GUCUUUAUUGCUCUCUUCAACUCCCUUCUUUCAAUUACUAAUAACAUCCUCUCCCACUUUUGCUCACUUUUGUCCCCUUCUCUUUCUCCCUUUAUUAGCUUGGCUUUGUUCAGCCUGAUGACCACAACAGAUUAUCUCCGUGUUUCAGACAAAGAAGCAAACAGUCUUAUAAGAAACUCUAGUGCUUUUUAACCCGUUUUGAUUAAUAACAGCUGCAUUAUGCCUCCCUGAAGCCGCAGUGAGAUGAUAAAAAUAGUUCACAGCCUCCAUCAAUCCUGCCGAACAUAUACAGCGGCCAGAUAAGAAGCUUAAGGAAUAGAGGAAUGUACUGGCACCUGCUUGUCCCAGGAAAACUGCAGUGUUUUUGUGUAAGAGGCGACCUACAGGAUUACAGCAAGAAUUUCAAUUUCACAGUCUUUAGCCCUGAGCUUGAAACGAUAGGCAGGCUAGCAAACUAAACAACGACGAUAAAAGCUCUUCUGAAAAAUAUAUCUGUUCCAGGUCCUACUUGUGUUGGAUUAAUCAUUUUAAUAGUAUUUAACUGAGUUCUGCUUCACCAAUGAGGAAAUUGUGUGUGGAAAUAAUUAAUAAUGGCUGCUGGAUUGUGGAAUUAUAUUGUAAGGAAGUUGAAUAGGGAGAAUUUGGAAGAGUAUUUGUACCUGCUUGUUAGGUAAGUGAAGAUCCAGAGGACAAAGGUGGACUGAAAUGAAACCCAUCCCAUAAUGUUACGUUGGGGCAGGGCUUGAAUUGAGACAGACAGAUAUAUACUGCUGCCUGUCAAACCUGUUGUCAUUUCUCCAGACAAGUUUAGCUGCCUACUUUGUAUUUAGAGAUCACUUGCGUUCUACUCACCUGCCAAAAUGAUGGAAGAAGUGUCUAUUGCUGUGGCCUAUGAUGCCCAUAUGUCAGAGGAGGAGAUCCUGGCUAGUCUAGUAGUGGAGACUCUACCAAAACAAGUGGUGCCCUCUAAAAAGCCAAAAUUAAGGGAUAACCAAAUGCAACCAGAAGACCCACUCGACAGGUAUGAGAGAGAAAACCGUAAGCUUCAUGAGACCAGUUUGCGCCUGGAGCAGGAGAAUGAUGACCUUGCACAAAAACUUGUCACCAGCAAGAUUGCACUGAGGAAUGCUUUAGAUCAGACAGAGGACCAGGUGGAUGAAUUAACCAAGGAGCUUUUGAAAACCAAACAGCUUCUGAAAGUUACAGAGGAGGAGAAAAGGGGAAAGGAGGAGGAGGCUUCACAGCUAAAAGAGAUGUUUAGGAGAGAUCUGGACAAAGCAGAAGCAGACAUUAAGAGAUCAAACAACAUCAUUGCAGACUACAAACAGAUUUGCUCUCAGCUGAACGCUAAAAUUGAAAACCAGAAAGCUCAAGCAGACAAAGAGCUGGCAGUUAUCAAGAGCAAGAUGUUGGAGUGUGAGCGCUGCCAACACAUCUUUAGUAUGGAUGGAUUGAUUCUGCUGUGCUCUGAGAAUGAAGAUACCUGUGCUCAGGAUGAAGUGAAGGCAUCUCUCAGAGAGCAAGUCCAAGAAUUAGAGAGAGAGCUGGCCCAGACCAAGCUACAAAUGGUGGAGUCCAAAUGCAAGAUACAGGAGCUGGAGCACCAAAAUGCACUACUGACGACUGAACUUCAGGCUGCUAAAAACACAUGGUUGAGAAAAACAUUGGGCUCUUUCAGGACAGCUGCCAGCGGCCAUCAGACUCCUCUCAAACAGAUCCUGCCUGGAGCCCCACUCAUACCCCCCACUCCAGCUGGGUCUCCAGAAGGCUCUCCUGGGCCCAUUGAGAAGGGAGAGCAGCUGAAGUAUGAAAAGAUUAAGCAUACUGGUGGAGAAGAAAAGUAUUUAAUGAGAGCACUCCUGAAAUGAGUCUCACAAAUGAUGAGAAGGCUUUUCCCUCAAACCAGAGGACAUUUUAGAUCCGUAUGGUUGUAAACGUUGGGAAUGAGGGGAUUCUCAAAGGAUGAGCGACAGCAGGAAGCAAUAUCUGUCCCUCCAGAGAUUAGUGCAACAGAUCAGUUGCUCUUAAGGCAAUCUCACAUGAAGAUUAUAUUAAGUUUUUGUAUUGCUGUGAGUUUAAGCAUAAUGUUUUACAAGCGUCACACUGCAAAAUGUUUUUUUUUUUCCAGUGAGCCUAAAGAUUAUGCCUCAUGUGGUAACAUCUAAAUUAGCUGGUUUCAAUGUAAUUUCACUAAAUCAACCUAACUACAUUUGGUUACAUCAACAGAAGUCAUUUUAAGGGUUACAGAUCAGGUACAAACAGCUCUUUAAGGUAACAACUGCCUUCUAAUGCUUUUUAUGGUCCAUUGUUGGUACUGUACAGUUUGAAUGUAUUUCUUUCAUUAUGUUCUACAACAAAUAAACUUUAUGAAGUAAAGACAAUUAUCAACAUAAUGAUAAAAUGUCCUUUAUUUCAAUUGUAAACCACCAAUUGUUCACUAAUACAGAGAAUAAAGCUUAUAAUUUCUGA